AUGUAUCUCUUCACUCUGGUCCUUGGGAUUGUGCUUCUCCCUGAAGCCAGUACCCUGAGAUGUUAUGAGUGUAAACCAGGACUGGAUGGAACCUGCUCUGAAGCAACAACACAGUGUCCUUCACCAGCAAAUCAGUGUGCUGCAGUGAGAGUGACAUCUUAUUCAGGUGGUUCAGCUCCUGCAAAUGUCAAUGCAAAAUCAUGUGCGGUGUCUGAGGAGUGUGUCGAGCACUCAAUCAACUUUGGAGACUCCAGAACUGUAGUUACCAGCAAGUGUUGCAACACCGACCUCUGCAACACCCAACCUGCCCCAGAGCCCAGCACACUCAAUCCAAACGGUAAAAAGUGCGUCACUUGUGACGGAGAAAACUGCAACACAAUAUUAAACUGCCAGGGAAAUGAGGACUACUGCAUCUCAGCAACAGUGAAUGCAGGUGGGGAAAAGAUUACCAUGAAGGGCUGUGUCUCCAGGACAUUGUGCCUGAACACAAAAUCUACUCUGGUCCCAGCACUGCUCCAAGCAGAAAUUAGCUGCUGUCAGGGCAACAACUGCAACAGUGCCAGCAGUACAAGUGCUGGCCUCAUGCUGCUGGUGGCACCACUGAUCUCUUUGGUUCUGAGCUGA